AAGAAGGAUUAUUAUUCAUUCUAGCUAAACGUCUCCAGCCUAUACACGGACAUAAAUACUCCACAGAAUCAGCAAAUUCUACCAAAAAGCUUGGAUUCAGUCGUGAAUCGGUUCACGAGUCGGACAUCCCUGCUGAGGUCCCUCCCGGAACUGAUCCGGGUGGGGACAUAAUCCAUCUACGUUUCUUCUAGGACACACAGUCCUACAACCUCUAGCGGCGGAGUGUGAGACGAGACAGGACGCACUCGGACCUCACCUCGUUUCAGUGAAACGGACUGUAGUCUGACAGUCAAACAGACACGGAGAGGAGAGGCUUUUGAUGGGCGACGGUGAAGCGGACCAAACCGCGGGAUUCUGCAGCGGAGAACGUGCACCGCGCCUUCCAUAUGCUGUCCGUCUGGAGACUCGCGCUGCCCGCUCCUCACCGCAGGGCUUAGGCCGCCUUCGCUUUCCACUGCUCGGUCAUUUUGAGGGUUAGGGGGGGAAAUGAACGUGUCAGCCCGUGCUCUCUUGCUGCUGGCCGCGCUCGUCGUGGUGGCGCGGGACAGCGGCGGAGAGCGGCGCGCGCUCCCGUCCUCAGCGACCACCCAGCUAAACUCCACGGUUUCUGCACAGGACGAACACACGACGCACAACGACACGGACUCCGCGGUGGGCUCGCGCAUUUCUACCAUCUUGAGGGACCUUCCAACCAUCAAAAACAUUGUCAUUUUCAUCUGUGUUUUGACGGUGCUGCUCAUCACCUGCCUCGUCGUUAAAGUGUACAGGUCUGGGAAGAAGAUCAGGAAAACGAGAAAGUAUGACAUCAUUACAACUCCUGCCGAGCGUGUGGAGAUGGCGCCGUUAAACGAAGAGAAUGACGAGGACGACGACUCGACUCUUUUCGAUGUCAAGUACAGGUGAAUUCACAGCAGUGACACUGGCAUCGUUUGUGUAGUUUCUUUCCACUCGCUAUUGAGGACAUUUCAUCUGCAAGUGAUUCCCACCUUUCUUCUUGUUCCAUUUUUGACAUGUUGUGGACUUUGUGUCUUACUAGCCUGAGUGAGCCAUGUGUGAUUUUCCAUUUUGGCCAUUUGAGCGGUUGUAGUCUGACUGAAGCUGACAGCAGAUUUGUUCCUGACUGGUCUCAGACUUUUGCCAGAGGCAGAGUCUUUGGUCCUCUGAUGCUCAUCAAAGGAGUCCACUCAAGUGAAAGAAAUCACAAUUUCUCGAUGUUUUUCUCUGUUCUCCCAGGAUCUCCCAAACCUUCCGACUUUACCAUUCCUGAAAGUUACAUUAAUUGGAUCCUUUCCACCUGCAGGAUACCACGUGAUGAAAUCAAGAGCUGUAUGUCUGUGUGGGUGAGCGUGUGUGGACUGUAGUCACCCCUUACUGAUUAUCCGUCCCUUGAAUGUCCCAAUUACUGCACUCUGUUUUUAUGGCCACAGUCUCUGAAAGCCUCACAGUGCUCUUCUGCAGAAAAAUCAAACCUUUGAUGUGGAAUGUUCCCUUGUAGUUUUGAACGUGGUCCAAUAUUCCUGCAAGACACAGCUUCAAACUCCUACUUUGACCUCUUUUGUGUUAAGUCCCUUGAGACUGGAUCGCAAACAACUUCAAAUACUUUAAUGCAUGUAUACAGCUAACCAUCAGCUAAACCUCCAUAUCGCAAGUGUAUCAGAAGGUCUAUCCCAAUAUAUGUAGUAUAACGAUGCCGUCGGAAGAAAACCUCGUUUUUCAGUUUUUGACAUAUUUUGAAAAUACAUGUUGCCUAUUAGAUUGUUAGUAAGUUUCACGAUGAACGGACUAAAAGUAAUGACCCAAGAGGAUUACGAGGAUUUCUUCCGACAAUAAUAAGUAAGCGAUAAGUAAGUGAUGACUUGAAUGACCAAAUUAUUUCCAAAUAUUUUACUUUUGAGAAUAGAUUAUAUAAGACGGAUAUACAGAGGCCGACAAAGCUUUCAUAGGCAUAUUUGAUUAUAGUUUGUUAAAACAGAUAUGUUAAUUUUUUAAGAGUGUCUUUUUGGAAAGAUUUAUCAUUGUCUGUAUAUAGUGUAUGAAAGUCAUUGCUCAGAAAUCGUUUAUUUUUAGCAACACUUGAUAAAAGCAUUAUUGAUUUAAUAACUAUAAUAUAUUAACCUUCCAGCAUUGUAGAUUUAUCUAACCAUUAACUGUGCGUUUUUACUGUAAGAAAACUGUUGCAUUCGUAACCUGAGGUUGCUAAUCUCCUUCAGCAUUACAAUUGUGUGAAAGUAUGUGAGGGUGAAGGUGGG